AUGAACAUCUUGCCCAAGAAGAGCUGGCACGUCCGGAACAAGGACAAUGUCGCCCGCGUGCGGCGGGAUGAGGCCCAGGCCCGGGAGGAGGAGAAAGAGCGGGAACGGAGGGCGCUGCUCGCCCAGCAAGAGGCCCGCACAGAAUUCCUGCGGAAGAAGGCCCGGCACCGGAACUCACUUCCCGAGCUCGAGGCAGCAGAUGCAGGCGCCCCGAGCUCGGGGCCUGUGGACCUGUUCCGGGAGCUGCUGGAGGAGGGCAAAGGGGUGACCAGAGGCAACAAGGAGUACGAGGAGGAAAAGCGACAGGAGAAAGAGAAGCAGGAGAAGGCUCUGGGCAUCCUGACGUACCUGGGCCAGAGUGCCGCCGAAGCCCAGACUCAGCCGCCCUGGUACCAGCUGCCCCCGGCGCGAGGGGCGCCCCCGCCCGGCCCAGGCCCGGACGUGAAGGUCAAGAGCCGCCUGGACCCCCUGCUGGAGAUGCAGAAGCACCUGGGGAAGAGGCGGCGGCUCAGCGGGGAGCACGGGGACCAGGGCAGCCGCAGCAGGAAGGAAGCCAGGAAGGAAGCGGCGCCCGAGCAGCGGCAGCCCAAAGCGUCCCCAUCGCUGGACCAGCUGCGAGCCGAACGCCUCCGGCGAGAAGCCGCCGAGAGGGCCCGCGCGGAGGCCCUGCUGGCCCGGGUCCGAGGAGGGGCGCAGUCCGAGGAGGAGCAGCCGGAGGAGGCGGACGAUCGGCGGCGGCGGUACAACUCCCAGUUCAACCCGCAGCUGGCCCGGCGGCCCCGCCGGCAGGAGCCCCCUCCCCCGCCCUGA